AGGGCGCAGCGUGGGGCGGGGAGAAGGAGGGACACUCUGGCAGGAAGAGAUCAGUCCUCAGCUCUCCUGCAGACGACAUGGUGCUGGAGAUCAUAGCCCGGGUGAUCAAGGUGCAGCUUCCCGCCUAUCUGAAGAAGCUGCCCGUGCCUGACAGCAUCGCCGGCUUCAUCCGGCUAACAGGUAACAAUGCCCUGGGCCUGGGCCGGACUCGGCCACACAUUACUGUUACACAGGCAUUCACUUCUCAGUCUGCUAGAGUUUCAGAAUGGCUGCGGCUACUGCCGUUCCUUGGGGUUCUCGCUCUGCUAGGCUACCUUGCAAUUCGACCAUUCCUACUGAAGAAGAAGCAGCAGAAGGACAGCUUGAUCAACCUCAAAAUCCAAAAGGAGAACCCAAAAGUGGUGAAUGAAAUUAAUAUUGAGGACCUACAUAUUGCCAAAGCUGCCUACUGUCGAUGCUGGCGCUCUAAAACGUUUCCGGUCUGUGAUGGCUCCCAUAACAAGCACAAUGAGUUAACUGGUGACAACGUGGGCCCACUUAUUCUCAAAAAGAAAGAAGUAUAAUAAAUGUCAAAUUCUGCCACUAUUUAGGAAUUAUAGGAAUUACCGUACUGACCUUGUCCAGUAUAUAGAGUCUUAAUUUUAAGGCUUUUGUGAGUUCUGUUAAUGUCCUUGACUCCUUAUUUGAUGGACUGUACAUGGGAAAGUGUUUGCCCCACUCAAAACUGACCGUGCUUUGCCUAAAAGGCAUAAGUGGAAAUCUCAUAGAAGAAUCGGGACUGUCUGUGGUGCAGGCGGUGACCAGAUGAUUAUUAUAAUUGUAUUUUUUUUGUAAGUACUUCACAGUAAAAUCUUAUUCCAACAGAGAACUUAUACUCAGUCUUUGUUCCCAUACAAUUGUGUCUAAUGUAAUGUGAACAGAGGGGGUGCGGAUCCCUGGCAUAAACCUGAUGCCUCUGGUGUCCGCCUUCUGAGAAGAACAAGGGAACUAGUUCUUUCAUGGCUGAACACUGUAAAGGAUGUGGCUGUUCUCCGUAGCGUGCAGCACUUUCUGCUUUCAGUUCUGCCUGGGGCUUGUCUUACAGAAACAGAGGCUUUUUAUGCGUGUAGUUUACAGCAGCAUUAUUAGUGCAGGUAUGAAAUUUGAGCCUUUCAGGCAGGUAACAUAUUACUAUUAUAAAGUGGACCAUGGUUAUAGUGAUCGAGCUUCACAAAAUGGCAGCCAGUUUUCUGUAUCGCAAUCUGUGCUUCAUAGCGUGCACUGUGUUGUCUAGAAACAGUGGGGGAGAUUUAUCAAACUAGUGUAAAGUAGGACUGGCUUAGUUGCCCAUAGCAACCAGUCAGAUUCCACCUUUUAGUUUUUCACAGCUCCUUUAGAAUAUAAAAGGUGAAAUCUGGUUGCUAUGGGCAACAGCCAGUUCUACUUUACACCAGUUUGAUAAAUCUUCCCGUGUGUGUGUGUAAAAUAAUUGGUAAUUUGCUCACCUGAUCAAUACUGCUUAUUGGAAAAUCUGUUGCACCACCACUGCUCCACCCUGCUCCGAGUCGUGGGAGUCAUGUCCGGAUUGCAAAGAAAUGAGUAAAAUGGGAAAUUCAGGUGCUGGUGGAGAUAGUUUACAGCAUGGGUGCUUGUAGCCCACAUCCAACUAGACAAGAAGACAGCUGAUCAUCUGCUGUGUUUCUGACCUGGAUUAAUGCUCCUGCAGUCUAGGUCUGGUCCCCAGCUGACAGUAACCCAGCGGAGAAGAUAGAAAUGUAUUGCUUCCUCUAUUGGACUCGGCGACCACAUGGAAAAGCAGAGCCGCUGGGUCUUAGCGGACCCUGAUCAGCUUGCUAGUUUUCAGUGCUCCCACAGGGGGCUGUUUUCACCUUUGCAUGCCCCAGUUACAGUAAACAAAUGUGUCCCCCAUAAGUUCUUGGGGGGGAUUUUGUGCGUAAAAUAAAAUACAACUAAAAGAAAAAAAACACCACGCCAAUCAAAAACCUUGUAUUAUCUCCCUAUUCAUGCAAAUUUAUAUAUAUUAUAUAUCAAAACGACAACACAAAA